AUGUUUCAGGUAAAUUGGGAUUUAGGAAGUGCUCCGCCGAAAAGGCAAGAGCCCAAAGAAUAUAAAAAAAGAAAGAAUCAGACCGAAAAGGCAAAACCUGAAUUGAUAAAGAACAAGGACUCGAAAGGUCAAGAACCAUCAACAAAAAAGCAGAAACAAGAACAAAAGGAAAGCGAGAAGUUUGCAAUUGAAAGCAAGCAACCAUCUCCUGCUCAGCAAGGCGAUAAAAAGUUAGCAAAUGAAGAUUCUUUGACGAUGCUUCAAAAGAAAAUGAAAGGGAAAUUAGAUGGUGCUAAAUUUCGAUGGAUCAAUGAACGAUUAUACACGACAGAGAGCGAGGAUGCUGUGAAACUUUUCCGGGAUAGUCCAGACAUGUUUGAAGUGUACCAUGCCGGAUUUCGACAUCAGAUUGAAAACUGGCCUGAAAAUCCAGUUGACGUUUUUAUUCGCUUUUUGAAGGAAAGGUACGAUAAAAAGAAGCGACCCGUUAACGUGGUAGAUCUUGGAUGUGGAGAAGCUAAAAUUGCCGCAACUUUUGAGGCAUCCAAGCAUAUCCAAGUACAAAGUUUUGAUCUCGUUUCUGCAAACAAGUUUAUUGUAGCUUCGGAUAUCUCGAAUCUUCCUUUAGAGGAUGGUAGCGUCGACAUUGCCAUCUUCUGUCUGAGUUUGAUGGGAACGAAUUGGCAAUCAUUUUUGCAGGAAGCCCACCGCGUUUUGAAGCCACAAACAGGGCAAUUAUGGGUUGCUGAAAUUAAAAGUCGUUUUUCUGAUAAAAGUGGUAAAGUCUUCGCUCAAGAACUCCCAAAAAUGGGGUUUGAAAAUACAUCCCUUGCCUUGGGUAAUAAAAUGUUUACGCUUUUCGAGUUUGUCAAAAGACCUUUACUUGAAAAGCCACAGACUCUUCCUCCUAUUCUUAAUGCCUGCAUCUACAAGCGUCGGUAA